AUGGUUCUCGAGGCCACAAUGAUCGCAAUCGAUAACUCCGAGUACAUGCGUAACGGAGAUUAUCUCACAACUCGUUACGAUGCUCAACUUACCGCCACAGAGUUCAUCUUCCAGAACAAGCUCAAUUCCAAUCCGGAGAACACUGUGGGAUUGCUCUCAUACGGAGGCUCAGGUCCACAGGUAUUGUCUACGCUAACUACAGAUUUCGGUAAGAUCUUGUCUGGAGCUCAUGGUACUAAGAUUGACGGAGAGAACCACUUCUCCAGCGGCAUCCAGGUGGCUGCCUUAGCAUUGAAGCAUAGACAAAAUAAGGUUCAGAGUCAACGAAUCAUUGUGUUCGUUGGCAGUCCUCUCAAAGAAACAGAGAAAGAGUUGGAGAAGUUAGCGAAGAAGAUGAAGAAGAACAACGUUGCGAUUGACGUGAUCAAUUUCGGUGAGGAAGCCAUCAACACAGCAAAAUUGGAACGUUUCCAUGCUGCAGUUAACAAUCAUGAUAACUCUCACUUGGUCACCGUGCCUGCGGGCUCCCGUCUCUUGUACGAGGUGAUCGCAUCCUCUCCAAUUUUGGUGGAGGACGGCUUCGACAUGGAAGGCGCAUCCGGUGGCGAAUUCUUUGGUGGUAUGGACCCUAACAUGGAUCCUGACUUGGCAUUGGCAUUGCGUCUUUCGUUGGAAGAGGAGAAGCUGAGACAGGAGCGUGAGGCAGCAGAGAAGAACAAGCAGCUGAGUAACUUAGACAUGAUAGACGAAGACGCCGAGUUUGAAAAGAAAGACGAUAAGAAAGAGGAGAGAAAGUCUGCAAAUAAUGAUCAACAGUUGUUGAUAGCACCUUAUGAAGUGGCCUCCACGAAGCCAAUCGACCUCACUGUGUCACAAUUCUUGGACAUGUACUCCAAGGGUAAGUGGAAUUUGUCCAAGGUGCCAUGUCCGCCAUGUUUCAAGAACAAAGGGUUGAUGGCAGCGCCAGAAUGCUACUCUGAGAGAAACAGAACAGCUGAAGUCCAGUCAUAUCUUAGCCUCAAGCAUUGGGAUGACCAUGAUCUUUUCAAGCCCAUAUCAUCAAGGCUCAGAAAGAAGCAUCAAAUGACUGGAUUCACAAUCUCGUUGAUCCACAAGUCCAAGGUUUUAUUCAAACAUGAGACAAGGAUGAAUUAUCGAGAAAUGCCACGGAAUGUAUCAUUGGAUUCCCAUAGUCUUCUUUCCAAAGACUAUUUCUACUUGUUAGACGCUAGCAAGGACUGGAGAACUGCAAACAGUCCUCUAGUGGUGGGCAGGCCCAAUAUUCGGUUGUAUUGUGGUGUCAGAAUCAUGAGCUCCAAGAACGAGCCUCUUGGAGUUAUAUCUGUGUUCGACAUUAAUGCUAGGAAACAAUUCCUGGAGGACAUGAUUCGUGAUCUUCAUACUGCUGCCCGUGAAGUGAUGAAGAUUUUGAACACGCCGUACGAUGAUAUCCUUGAGGAAAGGAAGCAGUCAAUAGAUUCAAUCGCACCUCAAAAAGCAGCCAGCGAUGUCGAAGAGGAGUUGAAGCAGCUCUCGAUCAAGUUGGGUAGGGCCACGAGUACAAAUUGUGCAAUGUCCGUAUUUGAAAGAGAUGGCUCUGGAGCUCCAUACUCGCAAAACCACCAUUUUGCUCUGACCCUUGGCGACGACAACGAGGACAUCAUGCGGAGUUGUCUUGACAAAAAGCAGAGAAGAAGCUUGACUAGGAUGCUCUACCGAGUGGGGUCUUUGACACUGGCCGCAGAUAUGCUUUGCGAGUCUUUGGCUGCCAAUCUUAAGGCUGAAUUUGUAUUCAUUGUGGAGAUUAGAUCAGCGGAAUUGUACUCGGGCCACACCAAGAUUGACGCCGAGCUGUUCAAGUAUGCUAACAAGCUUGUCAAGAGCAAGCGUAUGAUGGAGGAGACUGACCGAGUGCUGACAAGAGUUUUGGGAACAUUCGGCAACGGCUACCUGACUAGUAAGUCCGAUCAUGACCUUUUCAUCAAGGCAUUUUCCAGUGAUUUUGGUAUUUAA